CUUCAAUUUAAGUGUUUAUAUUGUGAGUGUGUGUGUGUGUGUGUGUGUGUGAGAGAGAGAGAGAGAGAGAGAGAGAGAGAGAUGAAAACCAUGCAAGUACUUCACAUGAACAAAGGGGAAGGAGAAACUAGCUAUGCAAAAAAUUCAACAGUUCAGAGGAAGGUGAUAUCAGUGGCUGACUCAAUAAUCAAGGAAGCUGUACUAGACAUUUUGUGCAACAAUUUUCCAGAGAGCAUGGGCAUUGCUGAUCUGGGAUGCUCAUCUGGACCCAACACCUUGAUUGUGAUCUCCGAGAUAGUGGGUAUCGUAUCGGCCACAUGCCGGGUUAUUGGCCGUCCCGUGCCAGAGUUAAGGGUGUCCUUGAAUGAUCUUCCGGGCAAUGACUUCAAUGACAUAUUUGAGUCAUUGCCAGCAUUCUACAACAAACUCAAUGAAGAGAAAGGUGGAGGGUUCGAGCACUGUUUUAUAUCCGGUGUGCCGGGUUCUUUUUACGGGAGGCUGUUUCCGAGCAAGAGCCUGCAUUUUGUGCACUCCUCUUCUAGUCUCCAUUGGCUUUCUCAGGUUCCGCCAGCUCUGGACAACAAGGUUAGCAUACCUCUAAACAAGGGAAAGAUCUAUAUAUCUAGGACGAGCCCGGUCAGCGUGUUUGAGGCAUAUUUUUCACAAUUCCAAAAAGAUUUCUCGAUCUUUCUCAAGUCACGUUCUGAAGAAAUGGUGCAUGGAGGACGGAUGGUCUUGUCAUUCAUGGGCAGAAGAUCUGCAGACCCCUCAACUGUAGAGAGUUGCUACCACUGGGAGCUCUUAGCCCGAGCACUAAUGACCAUGGUUUCAGAAGGUCUUGUUCAAGAGGAGAAGGUUGAUUCCUUCAAUGCCCCUUACUAUACACCAAGCCCAGAAGAACUGAAAAAUGAGGUCGAACGAGAAGGGUCAUUUCUCAUAGAUCGCCUGGAAUCCUUUGAAAUUGAUUGGGAUGGUGGUGCCCAAAACCAGGGGACACUAGUAUCAAGUGGUCAGAGAGUGGCCAAGACGGUUAGAGCCGUGGUUGAGUCGAUGCUCGAAUGUCAUUUUGGAAGAUACAUCAUGGAUGAUUUGUUUCGGAGAUACAGUGACAUUGUGGAUGAUCACUUGUCCAAAAACAGGACCAAGUACAUUAAUUUGGUUGUUUCCAUGUCUAAGAUUUAACUAAAUUCAGAGAGAACAUUGGAAAAGAGCUAGCUCCUUAAUUGUUAUGUUGUACAAGUACAUCACUGUGUGUGUAGUCCAAAAAUAUUAAUAAGGAGAUUAAAUUAAGAACUUCCAAACGGUAUUCUCGUCCAAAUGUUUAUUUGACCUACCCUCUCCCAUGCAAUUUGCCAAAUCUACUAAUUCUUAGCUGUCAUGCCUCCCAAUAAUUAUUUUAUUUUUGUACCUGUUAUUAAAUAUAUGUGGAUCUCUUGUGUGUGUUUUGUUCUUUUUAUUUUGUUCAAGUGAUUUGAUUACUUGACGAGAGUUGUAUACUAGCACUGUGCGUAAUAAAAUUCAUUAAAAUGUU